ACAGUCAUUUUACUUCCUGGUUGCUAAGCUCCAGUUCCAACGGCUACACGACUCAGUUAAAUUGUUACAGUACGAGUUUACAAACUUAUUUAAGCGUUAUGGCAGGGAGAAAAAGAAAGAUGCCAGCAACAAUGGCAGCGGAAGCAGCCGAACAAGUAAACAAACGUAAUAAUCAGUCGAAUGUGAAACUGACGGACGAGGUGACGGAGCCCGCUCGGUGUGAAAACAACAACAAUUCACGUGCCGAGACGGAGAGAAGUCGUUAUUUCACCGAGACCGAGCUGCUGCGGCAGCACAGACUGGGAGAGGAGUUUUUCAAGCAGCCGUGCAUCAGCUUGGCCAAAGCUUUCCUCGGAAAGGUGCUGGUCCGCAGGUGUGCAGACGGAGCUGAGCUGCGAGGGAGAGUAGUGGAAACUGAAGCGUACCUGGGAGGGGAGGACCGGGCGUCGCACUCAGCUGGAGGCAGACGCACACAAAGGAACACUGCCAUGUUCAUGAAGCCGGGCACAAUAUAUGUGUAUCCGAUUUAUGGCAUCUACCUCUGUAUGAACGUGUCCAGUGAAGGGGACGGUGCUGCCGUGCUGCUGCGCUCCGCCGAGGCUCUGCAGGGUCAGUCCGUCAUGAGGCAGCUGAGGGCAGCCCAACGGAAAGAGGGAGCCCGACAACUUAAGGACAGAGAGCUCUGCAACGGGCCUGCGAAGCUGUGCCAAGCUCUCAGUAUACCCCGCUGCUUUGACCGUAGAGACCUGGCCUCAGAUCCAGAGGUGUGGCUGGAGAGGGAACCAAACGCGAGUUGGGCAGAACCCCACGACGUAGUAUCAGCGUCGCGCAUUGGAAUCGAGUCCCACGGCGAAUGGGCCAAGAAGCCGUGGCGGUUUUACCUCCGCGGGCACCCCUGUGUUAGCGUCGUGAAUAAAGAGGCGGAGCGACGGCAGCAGUAUGGAAAUGUAAUGAAUGAUUUAAGUCCCUCAGAUGUGCAGCAGCCUGACACGGGACAAAACGAUGUCAAAGGGACUUAACAAGAAUAUUCCUGAAAACUACUCUGCCAUCUGUUCCCUUUGUAGACUUCACCAGUUAGUCAGGAUAAAAUCUUGCACAUUUUUUCAGUUUGCUUUGUUGGGAUACACGUCUUCUUACACAUAUAAAAUGAAUAACUCUGUUAUAUCAUCUUGAUCUUGUAGUUCAAAAUGGUAGAAAAAAACUGUCUGACUGAGGUUCUACAUUCUAAAUGUUUAUCAUCCAUUUUAGGAGAUGCUACUAAUGUUCACAGUGUAUUUAUGUUGCUGAUGCAAAGUUUUACUGUAAGGUAAUCGGUUAGCACUUAAAGCAGCAAGUAAGACUCCAUUUAUCGGUACCUAUAAAAAAAAUCUGUUCUGAAACAUAUUUUUACUCUCUUAAAUCCCUUUUGUUCUCGGUCUUCCAUCUGUGUUUUUUAAUAAACAUUCAUACUUAGGCAA